GACCAGAGAGGACAUGGAUUCGUCAAGUGUUUUAAAGUUAUCUCUCUUGAUCAUUGGCUUCAUUGUAGCUUGGGCAAAAGAUACCCAAUCAGCCAAACGCGAACCAAAGUUGCUCUCCUUGUUUAAUAUUGUCCAGUUCAAACAAGGACCAUGCGUUCAAGCCUCUGACACGUCCAAACGAGGCAUUUGUAUGACCACUCAACAAUGUACUGACCGUAGUGGAGCUGCCAGUGGAAAUUGUGCUGCAGGUUUCGGAGUAUGUUGUGGAUUUACCGCCAGUACUUGUGGGUCAACUAUAAAAGAGAACUGCACCUAUGUUUCGAACCCAAAUUUUCCAUCAGCAGCCACUCCAGGAAUGUGCGAGUACACAAUCAACCGAAUCUGUGAUGAUUUAUGUCAAGUCCGACUAGACUUCGACAAUUUCCAGACGAGUUCUCCUCCUGGACAAGGAGCAGCUGCUAUGCAAUUCGGCGACUGUUCAAUUUCGGGCGAUACGUUCACUGCGACGAGUCCCAUUGGAGUGAGCCCUCCCGUGGUUUGCGGAACCUUGUCUGGCCAGCAUAUGUUUGUGGAAACUGGAACUAGUGGCGAUGCUGCCAAAAUCAGCUUCACUAUAGCAAGCUCGGCAGCAACUUAUCAAAUCAAGGUCACCUACUAUCAGUGCUCGUCAUUGAAUAAGGCUCCGGCCAAUUGUGUGCAAUACCUGACGGGGGUUAGCGGAUCCUUUCAAAGUUACAAUUUCCAAGGCAUGGUGGUCAAUGAUAAUCAGAACUAUCUGACUUGCAUGCGACAAGAAAGAGGAUAUUGCUCCAUUCAAUACUCGGCAAAUGCAUUCAAUCUGCUUGGAAGUACUGCUGGUACGCCGGAAGAAGACUCUGAGACUGGGACAGUUGAGAUCAAGCCUCGCAAACCCAGAUUUCGACCUGUGCGAACCAGGCAGCUUGUUAACAAGGUCAGAAACAAAUUAAUCCGGAAUCCUCACAGAAGCCUCGGGGAUAUGUCCAAAGAGUAUGAGAUCCCUAAAACCACUCUAAGAAGGGUAUUAAAAUUCGACCUCAAGAAGACAUGCUUCAAAUUCACUCGCAGGCAAGUGCUCUCUGAGGCCACUGGCCGCAAGACUCCUCUUGUGGUCAUCCCUGAGGGUACCAAGGUCAACUCAGAUGCUUACAUCAAUCUUUUGGAAGAGGAGUUGCUCCCUUGGAUUCAACAACAGCAUUGGGAGCAUGGAUAUGCUUUUAUGCAAGAUGGGGCUCCAGCCCACACCUCCAAGAAGACUCAAGACUGGUGCAAGGCCAAUUUGAUGGAUUUUUGGGACAAGAAUACUUGGCCACCUUCCUCUCCAGACUUAAACCCUAUGGAUUUUUCCAUUUAG